GCAAGAGGUUUUGCAAGUCCGGCCGGUUCACUUUACCUAAACAUUCAAAAGUCCAGUUCCUGUCGAUAUACAGGUACGCAAUACAUGUAACUUAUAUGUUAUUUACUUAUAUGUACUUAUGAUUAAUCAUAAUAAUCGCAGCCCAGUUUUUUAACAAUCAGCCAAAAACAGCUUUCACAGUAGUACGAAAAAAAAUCAUCAAAGGCCUAGAAUUAUAUUUUAGUAGACUUAAAGAUUUUGUAAAGACGUCUGAAAGACAAAUCGGACCUUUCCGUUAUGUUUCCACAUGAUCAAGUAUGGAAUAAGCGUUUCUUUAUUGAAGUUUACAAGUACACGGAUAGACACGGGUGCUGUACUUUUCUGCAAACUGUUGUAGUCACUAUCAAAGUUAGUAUUGCCCGUCCUCUACCACUGAAUCGAAUCCACCCUGCCUGCUUGCCAAUGUAUAUACUUUGGUCAUGGUUUCCCCGUAAACGUCCGGAGAGUUGACAGACGUGCUUUGGAUGAAAGAUAUUUCCAGACGACAGGAUUUUCGAUUCCAGACGUGUACCCCUUGGCCCCUGGGCUCGGCGUUGCCAUGGCGACAAAACGUCUGCGCUCGGUCCCAGGGCAGUGUGAGGUCAGGCGUAGUUCUGGCAGAGCGGCUACAGUUACUACUCAGACUGCACACGUUAUGAGGAGUGUAUCAACGCUAGUUUUUAACGAACGCUCGGAGUUUUCCUACGACUAUUUGGUGACAAGAACUUGACCUUGUUACGGGAUAGCAGGCCACCUAUGUGAACCGUUCUAUAUUGAGAAGGACCACCACACUGUUGACCAAAAUACCAUACCGAUGAUAGGUAAUGGCACAAACACUGAACGGCAAGAUCGCGCUGCUCAUUCUGUUCACGUCUGCCGUCGUGCUGGCCGGGUGGUAUUACGACGGCAGCAGGUUACUACGUGCCGACUUGCGCCCUGUCGUAAUCCACGAUGUGGCAACACAUCACACCCAGACUGCCCGAACUAUCAAAACAUCCAACCUCACAAAGUUGUCUUACUCCAACGGGACCUCUAAGCCAGCUACAAUGUCUCCGCCAACAGAAAAAGACAGCCGACAAACUUGUCAAGAACGAACCAAGAUCGUUUUUAUCAAAACCCACAAAACAGGCGGGACGUCCUUCGUACAGAUCCUCCACAGGUUCGGUUAUCUUCGGAACUUGUCGUUCGUCAUCCCGACCAAGCGCGGUCCCGGAACCAUGAACGGUUUGUACCCCAAGGGGUUGAAGAAGUCGUCCAACUACCUUCCUCCGCAAGACGGCGCUUUUGACAUUCUGGCAUAUCACACCAUAUACGACCGAAAGGCUAUCACGAACCUGUUCAAUAAUCCAGAGAACGUGACAUUUGUAACUCUUUUGAGGGAGCCUCUGAGUCAAUUCAGAUCGUCCUUUAACUAUUAUCACUUGGCCAGGCAGUUUAAUAUAGUUAGUGAGACUCCGAUAGCGACUUUUCUACAAAGUCCGGCCAAGUACAAUCCACGACUCAGACUUCCAUCCCUUACAAAAAGUCCCAUGGCUCUCGACCUGGGGUUUCCUCCCACUGCAAUUAUCAGUUCAACGGCUUUGAGUCUUCGGAACCAGUCGGAAAAGUAUUCGCCAACCAUUCGGGAUUUCGCUCGGAAGAUUUCGGAUGAGUUCGACCUCGUGAUGUUGACCGAGUUUUUCGACGAAUCGCUGGUCCUCUUUAAACGCAUGAUGUGUUGGCAGCUAAAGGACAUAUUGUACUACAAAACCAACGGGUAUAUCUACGCCCAGAAGGAAGAAGUCGUCAGCGAGAAACUGCGUCAAAGUCACAAACGCUGGGAUGUGGUAGACUACCCUCUGUACGAGAAACUCAACAACACUCUCCGCGACAAAAUCAACGAACUGGGCAGCGAUUUUCUCUCAGAAGUCGUCCAUUUUAAAACGGUGAACGCAAAAAUGCACCAGUACUGCAUUGGGAACGCUAGUAGUAGUCUGGGCACAAAUGACUACCUCAUAAUCGAGAAGAGUGCAUGGAACGAUGUUUUUGUCAUAACCCCAUCAUUCUGUACGCUGGCCAAACUUGGAAUACGUUGUUAUAUGACACUUUUGAGGGACCGCAACCUACGCGUUACGAACAGCAGUCACACACAAUUCCCCACAAAUAAUGCAUACGAGCCGCUAACUAGAAUAGAUAAUGACAAGCGCUAUGGAGAAGGGUUUUAUACAGAACGGUAUUGUCAGAUAUGUGAGGAUAUCAAAAGAGACUGCACCCUAAACGAAUACUUGACACAUCUAUUCCACGAAAAACUGAUCUAUCCUUUUGAUACGAGUUUUUACGUUAGCGUUCAUGGUGGAAGGGGACCAGUAGAAAAGACUCUUGAGGAAUGACCUUUAAUUUAGCCAUUUAUAUCAU